GGCGGCGGCGGCGGCGGUUGCCAGGAGCCCGCGUUGCCGCCCGAGACCCGUAAUAUGGCGGGGAGGAGGAGGAGAAGGCGGUGGCGGAUCGAGCUGCUCUCUGUCGGUACCAUUUGAGCGUUUUGGCUUCUGACAAGGCCCGUGGCGAGGGGAGAGAAGCUGACGGGGCCGUGGGGAAUCAGUGUGAUUGUGAGAAGAUGGAGGAGUAUGAGAAGUUCUGUGAAAAAAGUCUUGCCAGAAUACAAGAAGCAUCAGUAUCCACAGAGAACUUUUUACCUGCCCAGUCUGAAAGUAUUUCACUUAUUCGCUUCCAUGGAGUGGCUGUGCUUUCGCCACUGCUUAACAUUGAGAAAAGAAAGGAAAUGCAACAAGAAAAGCAAAAAGCACUUGAUGUAGAAGCAAGGAAGCAGGUUAAUAGGAAGAAAUCUUUACUGACUCGUGUCCAGGAGAUACUUGAAAAUGUUCAGGUUAGAAAAGCACCUAAUACCAGUGAUUUUGAUCAGUGGGAGACUGAAACAGUUUACUCUAAUUCGGAAGUCAGAAACUUGAAUGUUCCUGCUACAUUUCCAAAUAGCUUUCCAAGCCCUACUGAAUGCUCUACUUUAGUAAAGCUUGAAAAGAUAGCUGGAAUUUUGCCACCGGAGAAUGAAGAUCAAUGUAAAACUAAUGAGAUAGACUUAGCCAGAGAUUCAGAAGGAUUUAAUUCUCUGAAGCAAUGUGAUAGUUCAGAUAUUAGUCAUGCAGAAAAUGAAGCUUUUCCAAAGAUCUCAACAACCCCACAAGAGACUCCUAUUUCUGAUAGUGUCUUCUCAACAAAUGAAGAACAGGAUCCAUCACUUUUGGCAGAAGUCACCCCAGAUCCCUACGUAAUGAGUCUUCAGAAUCUGAUGAAAAAGUCAAAGGAAUAUAUAGAAAGAGAACAAUCUAGACGCAGUCUGAGAAGUAGUGCAAAGAGGAGUGUUAAUGAGAGUCAUUCAGACAAAGAAAAUGAUGCUGUAAAAGUGACUGACUGUGUAAAGGAGAAGGCCCAGUUGAUAGGCAAACACUGUGUCUCAGUUAUUCCCGACAAACCAAGCCUUAAUAAAUCAAAUGUUCUUCUCCAAGGUGCUUCAAUUCAAGCAGGCAGCAUGAAUAUGCCAGUUUUAGCUAGCUUUUCUAAAGUGGACAUACCUAUACAAACUGGCCAUCCCACUGUUCUAGAUUCUGAUUUUAAAGUUAUUCCCACUUUUGUUACUGAAAAUAAUGCUAUCAAAAGUCUUGCAAGUUCAUAUGCCAAAUUACCUAGUCCAGAGCCAAGUAUAAGUCCUAAAAUGCAUCGAAGGCGUUCCAGGCCAUCAUCAGAAUGUCAUAUACUUAUAAAUAAUCCAAUAAAUGCCUGUGAAUUAAGCCCCAAAGGAAAAGAACAGGCGGUGGACUUAAUUGUUCAAAAUACUGAUGAAAAAACAAAUGUACCCGAAACUGUGCCAAAGUUACCAAUUAAUUUAGCAGGAGUUUGUUCAAGCAAGGUUUAUGUCAGCAAAAAUACAUCUGAAGUUGUUGAGGAUAUGGUUUUAGGUAAAUCAACAGGAAAUCAAUUAGAAAAUAAAGUUAUUCAUGGACUUGCCACUGCGGAAGGUCAGGUAACAUCUGAUGAGAGAGGAGUGCACAAAAUGAACAGUACUUGUACUGGCAUGCCAAAGUUGCAUGAACCAUAUGCCACCAGUCAGUGUGUAGCAAGUCAAAACUUUGGAACUGUGGGUGGACUCAAGUCAGCCAGUGUGUUAGAGAAAAACUGUAAUUUACAAAUGGAAUUGAAUAAAUCUUAUGAUGUAAAAAACCCAUCACCUUUACUGAUGCAAAACCAGAAUACCAGACAGCAGCUAGACACACCUACAGUGUUCUGUGGAAGUGAACAAUUUUCGGAUAACAGUUUUGAGAAAGUUAAACGGAGACUUGAAUUAGAUAUUGAUAGUUUGCAAAAAGGAAACUGCGCUUAUGUUGUAACAACUGGAAUAGCUGAACACGAAAGGCAACAUUUGCCAGAAAAAAGCUACCCUAAGGGAUCUGUCUUCAUUAAUAAGAAUAAAAUGUCAGAAACUAGUUCCAAAGAAAGCGAGGAGAUACUGAAAAACAAGAUGUUUGCUUUUGAAGAAAUGCGGAAGAGACUAGAAGAACAGCACGCCCAGCAGUUAUCACUACUCAUAGCUGAGCAGGAAAGGGAACAGGAAAGAUUGCAAAAGGAAAUAGAAGAACAGGAGAAAAUAUUAAAAGAGAAGAAGGCAAUUACAGCAGAAACCUCUGAAUUGGACAUUAACAAUGUGGUAGAGUUACAAUGGAGAAAAAUAAGUGACUCUGGUUUGCUAGAAACAAUGCUGUCUCAAGUGGACCCACUCCAUACUUCAAAUUCAAAUAGUUCUGGUUUCACAAAUUCUGCCCUACAACAUAGUUUUGGUUCUUCGAAUGAAGCACCAUUCUACCUCUGGGGGUCAUCAACUAGUGGCUUGACCAAACUUUCAGUAACAAGGCCUUUUGGAAGGGCCAAAACUCGAUGGUCUCAGGUUUUUAGUCCAGAAGUACAAGCAAAAUUUAACAAAAUAACUGCAGUGGCAAAAGGAUUUCUUACUCGUAGGCUUAUGCAGACAGAUAAGCUGAAGCAACUUCGACAGACUGUAAAAGAUACUAUGGAAUUCAUGAGAAGUUUUCAGUCAGAAGCGCCAUUAAAGAGAGGUGUUGUUUCAGCACAAGAUGCUUCACUUCAGGAAAGAGUGUUAGCUCAGUUGCGAGCUGCCCUGUACGGCAUUCAUGACAUAUUCUUUGUAAUGGACGCAGCUGAAAGAAUGUCUAUCCUACAUCAUGAUCGAGAAGUCCGCAAAGAGAAAAUGCUCAGGCAAAUGGAUAAAAUGAAAAGUCCACGAGUGGCUCUUUCAGCUGCAACACAGAAGUCUCUCGAUAGGAAGAAGUUCAUGAAAGCUGCUGAAAUGGGAAUGCCAAAUAAGAAAUUUCUGGUUAAACAAAAUCCUUCUGAAACAAGAGUUCUUCAGCCAAACCAAGGACAGAAUGCACCUGUUCAUAGGCUACUUAGUAGACAAGGAACCCCUAAGACAUCAGUGAAGGGGGUUGUGCAAAAUAGACAGAAGUCUUCACAGAGCAGAGUGGUGCCUAACAGAGCGCCUGUUUCAGGAGUAUAUGCAGGAAAAAUCCAAAGAAAGCGGCCAAAUGUUGCGACAAUUUAAGAAGACAGCAUUCAUUAGGAUAAAAAAGGGGGAGUGGAGGAUUGUUAUCAUUAUUUUCCCUGCCCAGGACUUUUUAUUUAACCCUGGACUCUGUUUACACAAAGUGACAUCAAAAGGCUGAGCAAUUAUCUGGAGAACUUGGUCAGUCCGGCUAAUUCCUGCCCCCCAUGCCUCCAUUUUCCUCUCAAUAAUAGGCUUGGGUGAAGACAAAUUAGUGUUUAGGAAUUGCCUCAUCUCCGUGCUUAACUUACACAAACAUCGGUUUGUUUUGUGCACCCAGAUGUCUACAGAGACCCUUUUGGUAAACUUAAUGGACAUUUGGAUUUAUUUUUACAAAAUAUUGAGGAGAUAUGACCAAUUAUAAGUUUUAAAACAUAAAUUUCAUUCAUCCCUACAUACUUACUGCUGAAUUUGAUAAACAAAUUAGAUACUAUUCUACUCAAGGGGAAAUUAUUGCAGAAGACUGUUUUUCCCUGGUUUUGUAACUUUAAAAACUCAGAUUAGCCUCUCAAUGUCCAUAUAGUAGCUGUGGGGUCAUCAUUUUGGUCAGAAGUAUACAUUCCUGUCAACAACAAGUUGUGUUACAAAAAGGAUAGGUUUCAUGUAUGUUACCCCACAGUACUUACUGUCAAAAACUUUUGUACUAGUUUAUAAGAUCUUUCUGUGAAGGGUAACAAAUUUGGGGAAGAUAGCACAAUCUUCUUGAAUGUAGCACUUAGGAAUGCAUUAUUAUAUCUAUUUCUGUAAAAUAAGAAUUACUUGUUGCAUACAGUUGUAUUUUCUAUUUAGUCUGUAUAUUUUGUUUCUUCAUAGUCUGCUUUUUCUAGCAUGCUUGACUUAGGAGAGAAAGGGCUACAUAAUUAUAAUAAUAAAUCCAGAUUUCAAAUGGGAUAGUAAUACUGCCUAGUUAAAGUUUUGCAUCCUACCUGGUUGGUCCUGCCAAUAGAAGAAAAAAAAAUCCUACAUUGCUUAAAGGCACUGAUGUUUAAGGUUUUUCAUCACUAAUCUAUUUACUAAAAGGAUCAACUGACAAAUGUCACCAAGAGAACAUGACUUGAUGAAAGAAAUGUCACUGUUAAUUUAUCAUACCAUUUCCAAAAAGGGCUUUGUGCUUCUAACAUAACAUUGAGACUGUGUAUAUUUAAUCUUUCUAACUUCAAUUUUAAAGAGAUAUUGGUAUUUUGAAAAUGCAGCAUAUAUAUAUUCUUAAUAUCCUUUUAAGAAUAUGGGGAUAAAGAUUGUGUUCUCUGAUUUUCUGUUCCAUUUAAAAUUUAACUUUUACAUCCAGCUGUAGACAGGAAAUAAUAAUCUCUACCCUGGGUAUAAACUUGAUUUUGUUUAUUGAGAUAUAUCAUUUAUCGAAUGAGUGAACCAGAAAAUCAGAAGACAGUCAAAAAAGUCCGAGUUACCAAUUUUUAUUUAUAGGCAAAGUCUAUCAAAUUAUCUUAAUAUGAUAAACUAUGCUUUAUCAUUCUGAAAACUCAGGAUACAGCUUACUCAUAUCGUUGUAGGUCUCCUCAGUAAGAAAGAUGCUAAAAGUUUUGUGUUCACUAAUGCAAAUUAGCUAAAAUAGUAUGUUUUGGAGAGAGUUAAAACUAGGUUUAGAUUAAGGAUGAGAAACUUGAGUGGUAUUUUUAAUUUAAAGAUACAAGUGUGUGUGUUUUACACAUUGUUUUAAUGUUCACAGCUUUUUCUCAUACAAGUGCCAGACACUUUUGUUGUUUUGAUGGAGUUUUAUUUAUAUACAUUAUUUUUAUCAUUGUUUUUACUUUGAGUGGAAUGUCCAUUAAUGUAAAUUGUAUUUAUUUUUAUACUUUAAUUUUCACUAGUUUUGCUUUUAGGCAAAAGAUAAAAUAAACUUUUCAUCUUAAAG